GCUUUUUAAAGGCGCUCCACCUCCCCGGCCUCCCCCCCGGCUGCCGUCUUGCUCUCUCCACUCCCCCUCCUCCUCCCCCCUGCGAGGGAUCGCCGAAGAGGCACGCACAGCGCCCGCGCGGCGAGGGGUGGUGGUGCGGGGGAACCUGAGCGGGCGGGCAUGGACGCCACCGCCUUCCCCUACGGGCUGCGCGUCCUCGUCGUGGACGACGACCCCACCUGGCUCAAGAUCCUCGAGAAGAUGCUCAGGAAGUGUUCCUACGAAGUCACUACAUGCGGUCUAGCAAGAGUUGCUCUGGAUAUUCUUCGGGAGAGGAAAAACAAGUUUGACAUUGUAAUUAGCGAUGUUAACAUGCCUGACAUGGAUGGUUUCAAGCUUCUGGAACACAUUGGACUUGAGAUGGAUCUUCCUGUUAUAAUGAUGUCCAUUGAUGGUGAGACAAGUAGGGUGAUGAAAGGUGUCCAGCAUGGUGCUUGCGACUACCUCCUUAAGCCUGUUCGAAUGAAGGAGCUCCGAAAUAUUUGGCAGCAUGUAUAUAGGAAGAAAAUGCAUGAGGUUAAAGAGAUUGAAGGUAAUGAUAGCUGCGAUGAUCUUCAAAUACUAAGAAACAGUUUUGAGGGACUGGAUGAGAAGAGCCUUUUUAUGAGAUCUGACUCUGAUACCAUGAGGAAGAGAAAAGAUAUGGACAAAGACCAUGCAGAUCAGGAGUCAAGCGAUGGCAACACUGUUAAAAAGGCUAGAGUUGUUUGGUCCGUUGAUCUUCACCAAAAGUUCGUAAAUGCAGUGAACCAAAUUGGAUUUGACAAAGUUGGACCAAAGAAAAUAUUGGACUUGAUGAAUGUUCCUGGCUUAACAAGAGAAAAUGUUGCUAGCCAUCUACAGAAAUAUCGCCUCUACUUGAGUAGGUUGCAAAAGCAGAAUGAGGAAAGGAUAUUAGGAGCUGCUAGGCAAGAUUUCAGUCAUAAGGGAACAUCAGAAAACCUUAACCUCCGAAGUUCCUUCCAAGAGCAACCAAACAUAGGAAAUGGAUAUCCGCAUGCUUCUCAGAAUAUACAAACUCAGACCAAAAUGCUAGAUUCUCAGUUAGAGGACACUAAGAGUACACUGCCCUUGCCUGCGCCAGAUAAAAAAAGAACUCUAGUAAGUGAUGUUGCUGACUCACAGAACGUCACCAGUGCUUCAAGUUUAGGUGGGGUUCUGUCUUUCAAAAGUUUGCCAGUGAAUCAGGACAGGAAGCCAUCAGAAACAAUGAUAUUGGAAUGCCAGACCUGGAGCGGAGGUAUUCCAUCGAAGCAGUUCAUGCAGUAUCCGAAGCAUAACCAUGAACGCUGUGACCUAUUAGGGGAUUAUUCAUGCUUGCCAAAGCCAGACUUAGAGCACCCUGUUGGCCCUAGUAAUUUGUAUACCCCACCACCUCUUAUCUCAAUGAGUUGCAGUAUGGAGGGGGGUGCCAGAGACUUUUCAGACGUGAAGCCUGCUAUAAUGGACUGCAUCAAGUCCUUAUCACCGGCGAUGAGAUGUACAGUGGAUUCAGUUUCUGUUCAACUUAGUGACAGUGUGGUUACCUCAACUGAUGGUGACCUGAAGUUUUCCAGUGUGGACGGGUCGCCCAGCAAUAAAGAUUGUUGCCUUGAUCAGACAAACAGUCAGGGAACUUUGCGUCCUUCACCAGAGUCAAGUAUCAUAGGCGGCACAGAGUUGGCUUCUCUGCCUGAUGACCUGCCCAAUUAUCCACUUCAUGGUGUAUCCUUUGAGAAUAUAGGACUGAGUAGCAUUGACUUACUUCACUACAGUGAUGCCAUGAUACUAUCCGGACUACAGAAUAACUGGUAUGAUGAACUAGAGUUUAGCAGCGACAUGAUGGACUACCCAUCGAUAGAUCUCUUUGUAUAAUCCCAUGCUGCGCCCUUCUUUCAACCAUGCUACUUUGCGAGGAAGGAUGAUGUUCUUUGGUAUGUUCCCAUAUAGCUCCUCUUGUAGGGCUACAGUCAGCUAACCUGAUCCUACGGUGGAAGGAUUUAAUUGUAGUAUCUCCACUUUUGAUAAAUGUCUGUAUUAUAGACUGUGCCAUGGUAUAAUCUAUAUACCUUUUGGAUGAUCUUUUGAUCUUUUAAACUUCAUAUUACUUCUCCCAAAAAAAUAAACUUCAUAUUACUUCUAAAAGAACUUUUAAACUUCGCAUAAACACUACCCCCUUACACAACUAACAUUUUCAGCAGUUUUAUCCUCUGAUGCAGCAUUACGCAUGAUACCUCCUGAGACCAUCAGUACAGGUAAACAUGGUAGCUUUUCAGGUCAACCACACAUAUUUUCACCAAAGUGCCAGGAUUGUAUGAAGUUACUUGCUGAUCAAACCUGGAAGAAUUCCAUAGGUGAUAAUGAUUUUUAGAUACCUGAAGCAAUCACUCAAGCAUAGGUGAUAAAGAUACAGUGGUAAGCAGAGUUUGGGUACCUUGAGGAAUAAUUUUUUAGAUCCUUGAAAUGGUGUACCACGAGACACAAAAAAAUUAUAAUAAAAAUGAU